GCUCUCUCUCUCUCUCUCCCUGAGAUUGCUGGAGUUUUUUGGUUUCUGAUACCGGAGACGACGUCGUAAUCAUAUCCAAUUAGGGUUUUCUUCCUCGCGAUCCCCGUUAAAUAUUCAUGUCCUGAUCUGCGAAGCAAUCAUGUUAUCUCGAAUCGGACGUUGUCUUAAUCAAUCGUCUCGUGCCUCGCUGAAUAAAGGAGGUUUUCCGGGCAGUUAUGGAGUGCGGUCGGCGAUUCUGACCGAAUUUUAUACGGGAAAUGCGUUGACCAAGUCUGAAAAUGGCGGGUUGGGGCUUUUGAGGAGCUAUUUGACGUCGAUUGGAGCUUGUAAACAGGUUACGAAGAGUCAUGUCCUGGAGGAAUUUCACUCGGUUAUGGCGAGCCCUAGGCUUCGGAGGCUGUUUUGCAGCCAGGCCCCUAAGAAAAAAAGUUAUGAAAAGUAUUAUGUAAAGAACAAGUCUGAAAUUCCAAAAGGAAACAAUCAGAAGUCUGAGGGUAAAGAGGAAUCUGGAUCAGGUGGACAAUGGAAUAAGACAGAAACCACUAUACAAUUUAAUUUUCUUACACCCCUUUUGCUGCUUGGGUUUGUGCUUAUGUCAAUGUAUAUGACUCCUGGUGGUGACCAGAAACAGAUAAGUUUUCAAGAAUUCAAGAACAAGCUACUUGAACCUGGACUUGUGGAUCACAUUGUUAUUUCAAACAGAUCUGUCGCAAAAGUAUAUGUACGGAGUUCACCACCUAAUGGUAGUCAAACCACAACUGACACUGCUGGUGAUAUCAAUACGAGAAGAAACGUGAGCCGUUAUAAAUACUAUUUUAACAUUGGAAGUGUUGAUUCAUUCGAGGAGAAGUUGGAUGAAGCCCAGGAAGCAUUAGGAAUUGACUCUCAUAAUUACGUCCCAGUUACUUAUGUUUCUGACAUGAAUUGGUUCCAAGAAUUCAUGAAGUUUGGUCCAACGUUAUUGCUUUUAGCUUUUAUUGUUUUCAUGGCAAGGAGAAGUGGACUUGGUAUCGGAGGUGCUGGUGGGAAGGGUGGCCGUGGAAUUUUCAAUAUUGGGAAAGCACAAAUCACAAAACUGGAUAAAAAUUCCAAGGACAAGGUUUUCUUUAAAGAUGUAGCUGGUUGUGAUGAGGCGAAACAAGAGAUCAUGGAGUUUGUGCACUUCCUACAGAAUCCCAAAAAGUACGAGGCGCUAGGCGCAAAAAUUCCAAAAGGUGCUCUUCUUGUGGGUCCACCUGGGACAGGGAAGACACUUCUCGCCAAAGCAACUGCAGGAGAAUCUGGUGUGCCUUUUCUUUCCAUAUCCGGUUCAGAUUUCAUGGAAAUGUUUGUUGGAGUUGGACCAUCCAGGGUUCGGAGUUUAUUUCAAGAGGCUAGACAGUGUGCACCGAGUAUAAUAUUCAUUGAUGAAAUAGAUGCAAUAGGCCGAGCAAGAGGUCGAGGCGGAUUCUCUGGAGGUAAUGACGAGCGUGAAAGUACAUUGAAUCAGUUACUUGUGGAGAUGGAUGGGUUUGGAACCACUGCAGGCGUUGUUGUGCUAGCUGGCACAAAUCGGCCCGAUAUUUUGGACAAAGCUUUAUUAAGGCCCGGAAGGUUUGAUCGCCAAAUUACGAUCGAUAAGCCCGACAUUAAGGGCCGUGAUCAGAUACUCCGUAUCUAUCUGAGUAAAUUGAAACUUGAUCAAGAGCCGGCGUUUUACUCCCAGAGGCUUGCUGCUCUUACUCCUGGAUUUGCUGGUGCUGACAUUGCUAAUGUAUGCAAUGAAGCUGCUUUGAUAGCUGCAAGGACUGAGAGUAAGCUGAUUACAAUGCAACAUUUUGAGGCAGCUAUUGAUCGUGUUAUUGGGGGUCUUGAGAAGAAAAACAGGGUUAUUAGCAAGCUGGAGCGUCGAACGGUUGCUUACCAUGAAUCUGGGCAUGCUGUUGCUGGCUGGUUUCUAGAACAUGCCGAACCGUUGCUUAAAGUUACAAUUGUGCCUCGUGGAACUGCAGCUCUUGGCUUUGCCCAGUAUGUUCCAAAUGAAAAUCUUUUGAUGACCAAAGAACAACUUUUUGAUAUGACUUGUAUGACUCUUGGCGGUCGUGCAGCCGAGCAGGUUUUGCUGGGAAAGAUAUCAACGGGGGCGCAAAACGAUCUGGAGAAGGUGACGAAAAUGACAUACGCCCAAGUUGCAGUUUACGGGUUCAGUGAAAAAGUGGGCCUUCUCUCUUUCCCCCAAAAGGAAGAUGGGUUUGAAAUGAGCAAACCCUACAGCAGCAAAACAGCUGCAAUAAUCGACACCGAAGUAAGAGAAUGGGUGGGUAAAGCAUACGCACGAACAAUCCAGCUAAUAGAGGAGCACAAAGACCACAUUUCCCAGAUUGCAGAGUUGUUGUUGGAGAAAGAGGUUCUUCACCAAGAUGACUUGGUUCGAGUUUUGGGGGAGAGGCCAUUUACGAGUAGUGAGCCGACUAAUUACGACAGGUUUAAGAAAGGGUUUAUUGAAGAUGAUAAUGGAAAAAGUGGAUCAAAUGGUAAUACUACCACCAAAGGUAAAAAAAUUGACGAUGGGCCUUUACCUUUAGCGCCGGAGGUGGUUCCAGUUUAAUCAAUUUGGUUAAUUGGUCAUUAUAAUAAUUUGUAAAUCACUGCUUUUGAUAAUCUGAUGGUUUUUUUUUUUUUGAGCUAUCGAUCGAAAUGUUAUGAGGUUGUGGCGCUCCCUAUGCUUGUAAUAGCUAAGUUUCUACAAUUCGGUUGGUUGGGACUGUCGUUAAUGAUUUACCGCGGACUUUCACUGAUAUCGAAGUCACUAAUUACGGAACGAGACAUUUUACGAUGUUUUGUGACUUUUAGUCUUUGU